AUGCCUGCAGUCAAGAAAGGUCUCGAGGCCGAGAAUCACCAGCGGGAUGCUGCUUUCAACCGGGUUCUGCACGGCUCCUCGGCGCAAGCAAAAGGCGGCAUCUCUGCUAUGUUCACGAAAGACCGCGAGGCAAAGAAGCUGGCCGUAGACGAGUACUUUAAGCACUUCGACAAUAAGAAGGCUGAGAACGAGACAAAGGAAGACCGCGAGUCUCGUACCAAUGAAUACGCCAGCUUGACUAGACACUACUAUAACCUUGCUACGGAUAUCUACGAGUACGGAUGGGGCCAGAGCUUCCAUUUCUGCCGUUUCUCCAUUGGCGAGCCUUUUUACCAGGCUAUUGCACGGCACGAGCACUACCUGGCCCACAAGAUUGGCAUCAACGAGGGCAUGAAGGUGCUUGACGUCGGCUGUGGUGUUGGUGGCCCGGCACGCGAGAUUGCCAAGUUUACGGGUGCCCACAUCACGGGUCUGAACAACAACGACUACCAGAUCGAGCGCGCCACGCACUACGCGGUGAAGGAGAAGCUGUCUAACCAGCUGAAGUUUGUCAAGGGCGAUUUCAUGGUAGGAAAGCCGGCACUGGCACACUCUGCCCCUCUCGAUGAAUCCGUUUAG